AUGGACCUCCGCGGCAUGCUUAACGACGAUGGAAACCUCCCGCCAGCGACGCCGAAGACCGGCCGACAAGCUUCAGUCGCGUCCAUUCUCUCGCCUACACCACCAUCAACUGCUGCCUCGUACGCGUCCAAAACAUCGCCCGCACCCCAGACGUCCCCCGCACCACCCCCUAGGGCCAUGUCUAUCGCAACUCAGCAACUCCGGGAGAUACCCCCGUGGGCUCGCCGCUUCGAUUGGAACGCGCUGCAGCGUGGAGAGAUCAGGCAAGCCCACAUACCCGAGCGCCCGCCGCCCCCGCCACAACAACAGCAGCCGCCUACGCCGCAUCACCAGCCGCCGCCCGUACAAGUCGCGCCCCGACAGCCGCCCGCGCCUCCCCCCAUUGAGGGUUCCAGCGGCGGUCUAGAGCCAAGCCUCACCAAUGUUCAGCCCUAUGAUGAGGUUGUGCGGAGGGUCUGCGACUUCUUAUGGCAGUCGGUCGUCGACCGGGAUGAUCUCCACGGCGGUGUGCCCGGUGGCUCCCAUCCCGGCAUCAAUCUCGAGAUCGAAGGAAAGCUGGGCACGCUGGUGGACAAGAACACCAACGAGCGUUUCACGCUACCCAUCCUCACUCAAGCCGUCUCCGCUCUCCCUUCCCAGAAGCUUGCAUUUGAGAGUUUCAUGAAUGAGCCGCAACACAAGACGUUGAACGACUUCCUCAACAAGACCGUUGGGGAUUCCCUCAGAGGUGGCCGCCCGAAGAUUCACUACAAGCAUCUGCGCGAGACGGACCAGUUCUACACGGCCGACGAAAACAUUCUUUCAUCUCUGCCGCCUGCUGUGCGUCCAUACCUCCACGGCCAAGGCCGCAUGCGCAAACCACGCGUCCGAGUUACGAGAGAUACGAAUACGAAGGAAAUCAAAGCGCAGAUCGUGAAGGUACGCGUCGCCGACCUCGACAUCCUAUCGCCCAGCGAAGCGUUCGACUGCCGCAUCAGCGUGAACAUUGAAAUCCAGCUGGAUGAGGAUCUUUCCGUGUUCGAGGCCUCGGACGAACCGGGCCGCAUGAAGGACCGUGUGAGCUACCAGCAUCUGCACACGCAGGUCGACUUGACCCAAGUCAGGAAGGCCAACAGCCCCAACGAAAAAGUCCACGAACUGGAGGUCGAACUCAUGGCCGACAAGCUCAUCGAGCAGGGCAUAUGGACCAAGCAAGGCCGUUCCGACGCGUGCUACGAAGAGAUGGUCAAGACUUUCGUCAACAACAUCAGGGUACUCUCCAGGGAAGCCACUCUUAUGUAA